UAUAGCAUGCCCACCCCUAUGCAUGCAUAACACUAGGUGUAUAAAUUAAGUCCUUUUCCAUGCACAAAGUAAUAAAAAGACAAAAAAUCAAUAAUUGAUCUUCUUCUCUGUGAUUGUAAUGCCCAAAUUUUAAAUCUUUGUAAGAAUUAUUGUUUACAAAGUGUUCAUUUUCCAAAUUCUGCACUCAUCACUCUUCUUUGAAUCGACUUUUCUGAUGGGAAUAACAUCUCUUCCAAGUACCAUCACAGUGCCUUCAGAAGUAAUGAAACAAAAUAGAGAGGUUGUUAUUGCUGAGGAAAUUGGGCGUGGUAGAGUGCUGACCUUAAAUAGGCCUAACAAUUUAAAUUAUAUAUCAGAAAAUGUGGCAUUAACGGUGGGGCAGAAAUUGGAGAAAUAUGAGAAAGAUGACAAUGCUAAAUUUGUAAUCCUCAAGGGAGCUGGCCGUACAUUCUGUGCUGGUGGGGAUUUGAAAAGGAUAUAUGAUGCAAGGGAUUCUUGCCUUGAAGAUAUUUAUCGAGUGUAUUGGAUUUGCUACCACAUUCAUACUUACAAGAAACCACAUAUUGCUCUUGUUCAUGGAAUGUCAAUGGGUGGAGGUGUAGGCUUCAUGGCUCCAAUGAAGUACUCUGUCGUCACUGAGAAAGCGUUUUGUUCCACUCCUGAAGCAAAUCUAGGGUAUCACCCAGAUUGCGGCUUAUCAUACAUACUAUCGCGACUCCCAGGUCGACUUGGGGAAUAUUUGGGCUUAACAGGAGCUAAAUUGAAGGGUAAAGAAGUGGUUGCUGCUGGUUUAGCAACUCAUUUUGUACCUUCACACAAAUUAUUUCAGUUAGAGAAGAGUUUACUAAGCAUAAACAACGCUGAUCAAGAGGAUACUAUUAGAUCUCUCAUCGAUGAAUUCUCUACAAAUGUUCAAAUAGAUGAAAGAAGUGUCUUGAGCAAGUUGUCCGUAAUCGAUGAUUGUUUCUCCAGGGAAACAGUGGAGGAGAUCCUGGAUUCAUUUGAAGCUGAAGCAGGCAAAAAAGGAAAUGAUUGGAUUAUGCCGGUGCUUAAAAGUAUAAAGAAAGCAUCUCCAAUUGGACUGAAAAUAACAUUGAGAUCGAUACGAGAAGGAAGGACCCAAACCCUAUCUGAAUGUUUGAGAAAAGAAUUUAGGAUUACAAUCAACACAUUACGAACCAUAAUAUCUGAUGAUUUUUAUGAGGGAAUGAGGGCUGCCGUCAUUGACAAGGAUAAGUCUCCAAAGUGGAACCCUUCAACUCUUGACAAAGUGCGCGAUGAGCAACUCGACUUAAUCUUCAAGCCAUUCGAUGAACAUGACUUGGAACUUCAAAUUCCUAUAAAUGAAGAAGAAUAUUACAGGUGGGGAGGAAAAUAUGAGAAUUCUGGUUAUUGUCUCCGAACUAAAUGAAAAUUCCAAAAAAAGAAGUCAUGUCCAUCGAUCAACAACACUUACAAGUGUUCUUGUGAGGUCUAUCUUUUCUUUAUAAUUGUCAAUACUUGAAUACGUAUACGAGUUGCUAAUAAAGAGUCAAAAAGUAUAUGUAGCUUUAAUUCUUGUGUACUCACCACAUGAUAUAUAGAUAUAUAUGAAAAAAUGUUUACUUUUG